AAGUUUUAUCGAUGUUAAAAAUCGAUACAAGGCUUGCAUUUCUAUUUACGGAAAUUAAUUCCAUAACUUUUUCUUAUCAAUUUCUCAAAAAAGCUACGAUGUCUGCGGCGCUCACAGACUUUAAUAGAAUUAGAUGUUUUUUGUGUAGGCGAAAAAUCACAUCAACGCGAAGCCAAAAACUCAUCAAAAGUAGUAUAUGCCCUGCUUCAAAGAAAUGCUUCAGAGAAGUUUUAUCCUAUUUGGCACGCCAUGCAAAUUCAGAGCUGCACAUCGCUGAGGGUGAAUCCAUUUGCUCGACGUGUUACUCUGAUGUGGUUGAAUACGACACAUACCUUAUAAAAGCUCUUAAAAAACAACGCACUCUUUUAAAUUUAAUUGAAAAGGCAGUGAUAAAUUUUGAUUCUGACUUCGAAAAUGAAAUUCAAGCCGAUUUGAGUGCUUUGGACGAACUUACUGAUGACCACUUUUUCGAUGAUGCGCAAAUCUCUGAUACGGAGAUUACACGAACUAUAGAGGAUGCUUUGGGUGAGUCCUCGGAAGAUCAGACUAGAAUUUCCGAACAUAAUAGGAGAAGUCGUUUAGUCAAACUUAAAUGCGAGUUGUGUGCUAUGAAAUUUCAUACUAAGUCAGCUUUGAAAAAACAUAUAACAAACGCACAUAAAAAAUUUAGUUGUGAAUUGUGUAGUUAUAGUCAUCGAAAUGAAGACUACGUCUUGCUACAUAUGAACACACACGAAGGUCGAAAUGAGAACCAAUGCCGUUUCUGUGAAAAAGAGUUUACUACAAAAAUUAGUACGAUUCGCCACAUGGAAGUACAUUACAAUUCAAAAAAGUAUCAAUGUGAUAAGUGUGGUCUUUGUUUUUCUCAAACAACUGUAUUGUACAAUCACAAAUUACAACAUGAAGCUGAAGAGCAACCACUUCAGUGUGAGAUUUGCUCACAGGUAUUUAAGACUAAGCGGACAUAUCGUCACCAUAUGAUCACACAUCGAGAAGAUCGUCCUCGGUAUAAUUGCGAGUACUGCCCUAAAACUUUUACCGAGAAAUAUACCCUUAAAAUUCAUAAACGAACACAUCCCGAAGCUGUAGAAUCCAGUGAAAUAACACAAUCGCAGCUUCAAAAUUCAUUACAACAUGAUGAAGGACCGUUGUGCGCCUCAGAGAAAAUACAAUCUCAAGAAACCAAGUUCAAUUGCAUUAUAUGUGACCAGGAAUUUACUGUAAAAGAUCAUCUCAAUAAACAUAUGGAGAAAGAGCACGACGUUAUACUCAAGUCUUUAACUAUAAACAGUUUUUCGGAAUUCGAUGUGGUAGCAACGGAUGUCAAAAAGGCUUGUAAUAUAUGUGGACAAUUGUUCAGUGCCCAAGCAAAUUUAGACUACCAUUUAAAAUAUGUCCACGCCAGUUCGCUUUAGUAAUAAUUGUUUUAAAUAACUAAAAAAAACUUUCAAGUGUAAAGGCGGGAUCAUACGAUUGGGCAUUAGACCGAUUUGACUACCAAAUCGCGUGGUUAGAAAAAUGUUAUAGGGAAUUUACAUGAUUCAACUUUCACAGGCGAUUAGUUGAACAAAGAGUUGAACGAAAGUAGGCAGCCGACCAACUUCAUUGAAAGCGAUUAGUUGAAAGGCCGUUUACACCAGGCGAUUGUUGCAUUCAACUAAAAAUCGCCUGAAAAAUCGCCUCAUGUAAAUUCCCUAUUAGACUGUUCCAAUCACGACAAUUUUUUUAUUAUAUUUUCCAAAUUAAUGUGUUGUACCAAUCGGUUGACUGCUAGAAGAACUGUCGCCCAAAUGUAUAUUGCUUGUGCCAAUAGAUCCAAAUUAAAUGUACAAAUGUAUCAAUCGUAUAAACCGGCCUUAAUUCGUAGAUGUAAGACAGUUCUGGAAAUAUGUUCCGGAUGGAUGUAUGUAUAUGCUAACGCAAUAAAGCAAAUCUUUAAAAUUUCUUAUCUAUAGCA